AUGGCGCACUGGUUUCAUCGAAACCCCCUGAAGGCAACAGCGCCUGUGUCCUUCAAUUUUUAUGGCGUUGCUGGGAGCCCCACUGCAAAUAAAAUCUGCAAUGACCUGAGGUCCAUGAGGGCAAGGCUGUUGGAAAUCUUCACGGAUGUAACCUGCAAUGCAGAGAUCAUGAAAAAUGCCACAGAUGCAUACUUCUCUCUACUGCAGUGCUUUAUUGCUUCUGUGGACGGAACUACACAAGAGAACAAGAUGAGGUACAUCCAGAACUUCAAAUGGACGGAUACUUUACAAGGAAACACACCAAGUGCCCAACAAGAUGCAGUGUUCGAGCUGAUCUCCAUGGCCUUUAACGUAGCGCUCUGGUACACCAAGUUUGCCUCGAGACUUGCUGGAAAAGAAAAUGUUUCAGAGGAUGAAGCAAAAGAAGUCCACCGCAGCCUGAAAGUUGCUGCUGGAAUCUUCAAAGCUCUCAAGGAGGUCCACAUCCCUCGUCUCAUCACCCCUGCUGAAAAAGGUAGAGAUCUGGAUCCCAGAGUGAUUGAUGCAUACAUCAUCCAGUCUCAGGCAGAAGCACAAGAAGUGACAAUCGCCAGAGCCAUUGAACUGAAACACAGCUCAUCAAUUAUUUCGGCAUUGGCAUCCGAGACGGCAAACUUUUAUCAGAAAGCUGACCACACUCUGAACACUUUGGAGCCUGAGUACAGCAGCAAGUGGAGGAAGUAUCUCCAGCUGAAGGCCUUCUUCUACAUGGCUUAUGCGUACUGCUAUCAUGGACAGACACUGCUGGGGAAUGAUAAGUGCGGUGAGGCGAUACGAUCUCUCCAAGAAGCAGAAAAAGCUUAUUCACGUGCCGAGGAGCUGUGUAAAGAGUACCGUCAUACCAAAGGCCCGGGAUCCACUGCCAAACCAUCUGAACAACUUUUCUUCCUCAAACUGGGUGGCUUCAUUAAGAACACACUGGAGAAGUGCCAGAGAGAGAAUGGCUUCAUAUACUUUCACAAGGUACCAUCAGAACCACCCCAGUUGGAGAUGAAGGCGAGCUAUGGCCUGGCCGAGCCAGUCCCCUUUGAGCUGCCAGCCCCCAGUGAGUUGUGUACUCCAGAAGUUUAUGCCACCUUUGACUUGACAAAGGGCACCAAAAAGGAAAAGGACAAACCUAAAGAAGAAGAAGUGAAACCAAUGAAGGAACCCGAUUUGAAGCCUCAGAAGGACACAGGCUGUACCGUUUCCUAA